GACUGCAGCAGCAGCAGCAGCGUCCGCAGAAGCAGCAUCAGCAGCAACAACAAAAAAAAAUCCUCAUCAAAUCCUCACCUAAGCGUUCAGUAUAUCCAGAUCCACAUCUUCACUCAAGCCGGGAGAGGGAAAGGGGAAAGGGGGGAGGAAAAAAAAAAAAAAAAAAAAAAGCCAACAACUUAGCGGAAACUUCUCAGAGAAUGCUCCAAAACUCAGCAGUGUUGGUGGUGCUGGUGAUCAGUGCUUCCGCAACCCAUGAGGCGGAGCAGAAUGACUCUGUGAGCCCCAGGAAAUCCCGGGUGGCAGCUCAGAACUCAGCUGAAGUGGUUCGCUGCCUCAACAGUGCUCUGCAGGUUGGCUGUGGGGCUUUUGCAUGCCUGGAAAACUCCACCUGUGACACAGAUGGGAUGUACGACAUCUGUAAAUCCUUCUUGUACAGCGCUGCUAAGUUUGACACUCAGGGAAAAGCAUUUGUCAAAGAGAGCUUAAAGUGCAUUGCCAACGGGGUCACCUCCAAGGUCUUCCUCGCCAUUCGGAGGUGUUCCACCUUCCAGAGGAUGAUUGCAGAGGUGCAGGAGGAGUGUUACAGCAAACUGAACGUGUGCAGCAUCGCUAAGCAGAACCCCGAAGCUAUCACUGAAGUUGUCCAGCUGCCUAAUCACUUCUCCAACAGAUACUACAACAGACUUGUCCGAAGCCUACUGGAAUGUGAUGAAGACACAGUCGGCACAAUCAGAGACAGCCUGAUGGAGAAAAUUGGCCCCAAUAUGGCCAGCCUAUUCCACAUCCUGCAGACGGACCACUGUGCCCAAACACACUCGCGAGCUGACUUCAACAGGAGGCGCACCAGCGAGCCACAGAAGCUGAAAGUCCUCCUCAGGAACCUCCGAGGUGAGGGGGACUCUCCCUCCCACACCAAACGUACCUCCCAUGAGAGUGCGUAACCAGGGAGAGGUAUUCACAAUCUCACCAAACUAGUAGUAUCAUUUUAGGGGUGUUGACACACCAACUUUGAGUGUACUGUGCCUGGUUUGAUUUUUUAAAGUAGUCCCUAUUUUCUAUCCCCCUUAAAGAAAAUUGCAUGAAACUAGGCUUCUGUAAUCAAUAUCCCAACAUUCUGCAAAUGGCAGCCUUCCCACAAACAGAAUCUGUGUGAUCAUUCUGCCUCUCCUCAGGAGAAAGUUUCCUCUUUUAUCACCUUCCUCUAUCAUGUCUUUCCCCAGCUCCCCUUACACCACCCUCAGACACAAAACAUUCAUGUAAUUCCUCAGCCAUUGUAAUUUGAAGAUGUGGAGCCCUUUAGAAUGGUUGCCCUAGUCGAGCUAGCAGAUAAGAAACUUUAUUUAAAUGCAUGUCUUAAAUGCUCAUAAAGAUGUUAAAUGGAAUUCGUGUUAUGAAUCUGUGCUGGCCAUGGACGAAUAUGAAUGUCAUGUUUGAAUUCUUGAUCUCUAGUGAGCUAGUGUCUUAUGGUCGUGUUCCUCCAAUGUCUGAUUUCCUUUCUGACACUUUUACCAAAUUGCUCAAGCCUGGCCCUCCCACCAGACUCUGAGCCUGCAUCUUCUUGCAUCUAAUGAAAACAAAAAGCUAACAUCUUUAUGUACUGUAACUGCUCAGAGCUUUAAAAGUAUCUUUAACAAUUGUCUUAAAAACCAGAGAAUCUUAAGGUCUAACUGUGGAAUAUAAAUAGCUGAAAACUAAUGUACUGUACAUAAAUUCCAGAGGACUCUGCUUAAACAAAGCAGUAUAUAAUAACUUUAUUGCAUAUAGAUUUAGUUUUGUAACUUAGCUUUAUUUUUCUUUUCCUGGGAAUGGAAUAACUAUCUCACUUCCAGAUAUCCACAUAAAUGCUCCUUGUGGCCUUUUUUAUAACUAUGGGGGUAGAAGUAGUUUUAACUCAACAUCAGAACUUAAGAUGGGCCUGUGCAAGAUAGGAAACACCAACAGGUUUAUCUGAGGGACCCCAGGUAAAUGUUAAUGUCCCAGCCCACCUCAACCCAGAGGCUACUCUUGACUUAGUCCUAUCCUGAAACAGCUCUAUCACAUCCAGCUGGGAAUUACAGGAACCGAAAGAGCAUCUUUUUGCGCUUGGACCACUUACAGGUGAUAAGGCCCACUAUACCUAGGCAAGUGUGGUUCUUCACUUGCCACCUUAAUCAGUGCCUGGUGACGGGGUGGGAGACUUUCCAUUAAAUCAAUCAGGAAUGAGUCAAUCAGCCUUUGGGUCUUUAGUCCGGGGGACUUGGGGCUGAAGUAGUAUAAAUAACCCUGGGCUGUCCAGCCUUAAUAGACUCCUCUUACAUUUUUGUCCUGUAGCACGCUGCCUGCCAAAGUAGUCCUGGCAGCUGGACCAUCUCCGUAGGAUCGAUUAAAAAAAAAAAAAAAAAAAGAAAAGAAAGAAAGAGGGAAAAAGAUCUGGUAGUUUGAUCAUUUCUGCCAUGAUGUUUACAUGAUGGCAACCACUGAAGCCAAAUGAUUAACCUAUCUAUGAACAACAGUAGUUUCUCAGGGUCACUGUCCUUGAACCCAACAGUCCCUUAUGAGCAUCACUGCCCACCAAAGGUCAAUGUCGAGAGAGGAAGAGGGAGAAGGGUUUGGAUGCAGGUUGGGUAGAAACUAUUGGUGCUUGACUCUCACUAGGCUAAACUCAAGAUUUGACCAAAUCAAGUGAUAGGGAUCCUGGUGGGAGGAGGAAGGGCACAUCUCCAGAAACAUGAAAAGCAAUACAACUUUACCAUAAAGCCUUUAAAACCAGUAACGUGCUGCUCAAGGACCAAGAGCAAUUGCAGCAGACCCAGCAGCAGCACAAGCAUCGCUGCCUUCGUCCCCACAGCCUCUAAGCGUGCUGAGAUCCGAUCGUGAAGGGCAUUUUUAUACUCAGAACUGUCCCAUCUCCAGGUCCGCAAACAUAUGGACACUGCCUUAGCCUCUUGGAAAUCAGGUAGACCAUAUUCUAAGUUAGAGUCUCCCCUCCCUCCCCGCCCUUCCACCCCUAGGCAAGGCUGACUUCUCUGAACCGGAAAAGGUAUUCAAGUUUGUGUGUUGUGUCCAUUUUGCAAACCCACUAAGCCAGGACCCCAAUGCAACAAGUACUUCAUGAGUAUUCCUUGCAAAAUUCUCUCUUAUUUCAAUCCAGUAGAUUCUUUUUUUUUUUUUCAGUGACCUCUUCAAACUGUGGCACCCUCCCUUUUCUCCCACAGUGAUAUUUAUAUAUGUAUCUACAAUACAUAUAUCUAGACAUACAGAAAGAAGCAGUUCUCACAAUGUUGCUAGUUUUUUGCUUCUUUUUCCCCCACCCCACUCCUUCUGAUCCCCCCCCCCCCUUAAAUUUCCAAAACUUGGUCUCGUGUUGCUGCACAGACUGAUUCGGGGGCUGACCUAGACCAGUUUGCAUGAUAAUUCUCUUGUGAUUUGGUUGCACUUUAGACAUUUUUGUGCCAUUAUAUUUGCAUUAUGUAUUUAUAAUUUAAAUGAUAUUUAGGUUUUUGGCUGAGUACUGGAAUAAACAGUGAGCAUAUCUGG